UGCUCUGACAGUACAAAUCCCCCUGCUCAGUGUGUUGUAUCCACUACUUGGUACAACGGCAGCCACAGCGAGGACUUUUAUGAAUACCGGUAAGCAGCAGAAGCCGGUUCUGACAGGCCAGCGGUUUAAGACCAGGAAAAGGGAUGAAAAGGAGAAGUUCGAGCCCACAGUGUUCAGAGACUCGAUCCUUGUGGGCCUCAGUGAAACCAGUGGGGAUCUGGAGGCAGUGACUAAGUUCCUGGACGUGACCGGGUCCAGACUGGACUACCGGCGCUAUGCAGAAACGCUGUUCGACAUCCUCAUCGCCGGGAGCAUGCUCGCUCCCGGGGGAACACGCAUCGACGACGGGGACAAGACCAAGGCGACCAAUCACUGUGUGUUCACCGCGGAGGAGGAUCAUGCUGUCAUCCGCAACCAUGCUCAGGUUUUCAGCAAGCUCAUCAGGAGGUACAAAUACCUGGAGAAGGCAUUCGAAGAGGAAAUCAAAAAGCUGCUGCUCUUCCUGAAAGCCUUCAGCGAAUCAGAGCGGACCAAGCUGGCCAUGCUGACGGGAAUCCUGCUGGCCAAUGGGAUGCUUCCGCCCGCCAUCCUCACCAGCCUCUUCAGCGACAACAUCGUCAAGGAAGGGAUCUCGGCGUCGUUCUCGGAGAAGAUGUUCAAGGCCUGGAUGGCGGAGAAAGACACAAACGCCGUGACCUCUGCCCUCAGGAAGUCCAACCUGGACAAGAGGCUUCUGGAGCUGUUCCCGGCCAAUAAGCAGAACGUGGAGCACUUCACUAAGUACUUCACCGAGGCAGGGCUCAAAGAGCUGGCAGACUUCCUGCGUCUCCAGCAGUCCCUGGGCACCCGCAAGGAGCUGCAGAAAGAGCUGCAGGAGCGCCUGGCCCAGGAGUGCCCCACACGAGAGAUAGUGGCGUAUGUGAAGGAGGAGAUGAAGAGGAACGCGUUGCAGGAGCACGCUGUUAUCGGGUUGCUGUGGACCUGCCUGAUGAACGCUGUGGAGUGGAACAAGAAAGAGGAGCUGGUCACAGAGCAGGCCCUCAAACACCUGAAGCUCUAUGCCCCCCUCCUGGCUGUGUUCAGCACUCAGGGCCAGUCAGAGCUGGUGCUUCUGCAGAAGAUCCAGGAGUACUGCUAUGACAACAUACACUUCAUGAAGUCCUUUUCCAAGAUCGUGGUGCUCUUCUACAAAGCGGACGUGCUGGGUGAAGACUCCAUCCUGCGCUGGUAUAAGGAGGCUCACGCUGCCAAAGGGAAGAGUGUGUUCCUGGAGCAAAUGAAGAAGUUUGUGGAGUGGCUGCAGAACGCAGAGGAGGAGUCUGAGUCCGAGGGGGAGGAAGACUAGUCCAGGGAGGAAGACUAGUCCAGGGAGGCUGGUGUGUGCCUCCUGUGGCCUACCUGUCAAUCACAAGCCUCUGUCGUAGUGUCCUCUCGGGACUGUAGACUUGCCUUCUCCUUCGAUGGCACACAGAAACGCUCCAGAAAUGUCCCCACAACUACAGGUUAAGAAGUAGAAGUGUGCAAAAAGAGUCCAAUUGUGCCCACACAAUGUCAUUUUUUUAAAGGGCUUCUUUUACAAAAUGCUAUUCAGGUACAAUGUGUGUAUGUGUGUAUGUCCGUGCAAGUGUGUGCAAGCAUGUGUGUGUGUGUGUGUGUGUGUGUGUGUGUGUGUGUGUGUGUGUGUGUGUGUGUGCAUGUGUGUAUGUCCAUGCGUGUGUGUGCAAGCAUAUGUGUGUGUGUGUGUGUGUGUGCCAGUAGGACCCUUCCAUAUGCUCCUGAUUCACACUGAAGUGUGUGUGUGUUACUUGGCAAAUGCUUUUCUCCCUUCUCACAAAUAAAGGUUUUUUCUCCGUUUGUAA